UCACGAUAUUGUUAUACACAUUGUUUUAGUCAAGGGAAAUGUAUCCAAUAUUUUGGCUUAUCCUCGCUACACUGAUACGCUUUAGUUGCUUCCAAAAUCAAACCGACAAGGGACAUUUUCCCGGCCACUUGUCAUACUUGGACAAAAUGGAAUGUGGCGACUGCAAGAUGGUGAACGAGGAAUGCGAAAUCGUAUCUUCUGGAUUUUACUGUCGUGAGGAAGAGGACAGUGAUCAGAUCGAUGCCCAAAAAGGCGUGGUAGUAAAUCUGAGACAUCUGAGGGAGUGCAUGGGUCCUGAUCAUUACUUUUUUAAUCAUGAGGAAAUUUCGGCAGCAUGCUGUUUUUGGACGCCAGAAAUGGGAUGCCAGCAAGUCAUAAACAAGCAGCGCUCAAGGAGUUGCUCCGAUUGUGCCACAUACCACGAAAGAGGCUCUUUCUUGGACCUUAAUCCAAUGGGCUGUCCAUGUGGGCCACAGAAAAAUAGUGGAGGAGAAAAGCCGUAUGGCUGCAACGUUUUCAUUGUUUUUCUUAUGUGUGCUAUACGAUUUGUGUGCAAUAAAAUACAUUAAAUUA